AUGCACGGUCUGACUAUCGCCAAGUCUCUUCUAGUGCGAGUGUUUCUUGUAGUACACGGAUUAAUUUGUACUUGGCGUGUUGUUGAUAUAAAUGAUAAUCAAUAUUGUUGGGUUAUAUUAGUUGGUUUAGGAUUUUUACUUAUUGAAACUGGCAUUGUUCUUUGGCUACGAAAUGGACGAGAAUUUAAAACAGUUGCCUUUUGUAUCAUAUUUUAUUUGACAUGUACAACACCAUCACUUUGGAUUAUUCAUGUUGACACCGCUAAUAGAAAAUUAUAUCGUCUUGCAGAAAAUAAACUUAAUGCUCGAACAGCAGCUGUAUCAUCAACUAAUAUUCGACAACAACAUCGUCUUUCAAAUAGUACAUCAUAUCUACAUGUUGUUUCACCAAAUUUACAUCGUGUAUUACCAACAACUACACCACUUAUUCUUUCCAUUGGACAUAUUGAAUGUCAUGAUAAAGCUUGGUACUAUAUGGAAGAACAACGUUGGCUUGAUGCAAUACAAGAAACUUUGCUUGUUAUUUUAUCUAUAAGUCGUUUACUUAUAAGUCGUCAACAUAUGACAAUAGAAAAAAGUGGCAUUGUUUUAAUUGUUACAUUAAUAAAUGCUGCUGAUCUAUUAUCUAUUUCACAAUCAUUACAAUAUCAUGAUGUUAUUAUUGAACGAAUUUGGAUGUAUAUUGGUCUUGUUCUUUUAACAAUUGGUUUAUUUCAAAUGGCAUUUAUUGAUACGGAUGGAUUAGCAUUGAUAUCAAAUGAAAAUUUUUCACAUUAUUAUACAAGAAAAUUAACAGGACAAAUACAUUUUCUUCAAGAUCAAAAUUUACGUCCUUUUUUUCGAUCUUUAUUCAUUAAUGAUGGUCUUCUUCUACUUUAUCGUACAUUAUUAGCUGUUAAAGUUCGUUGUAGUAAACCAUCAAUAAUAUUUUAUAUGUUAAAAAAUAUUUGUAUGAUUGCAUUUCAUUCUUAUCGUGUAUAUAAUAUAGCAAAACAACAUGAAAAAAAGAAAACAUUUGCUGCAUAUGAACAAUUAAUGAAUACACCAUUAUCAUCGCGAAGUUAUCGUCAUCUGUUCGAUGCAUAUGAUCAAAAACGUAAAUUAAAACAAGAACAUCAUUUCUUACAUAGAACAAUACGUCGACCACCAACACAUAUUCAACGACGAGCUAUAAAAACACCACGAACGUUUUAUAAUUCUUCUCCUCAAUCUAUAUCAUAUCCAUUUGUACGACGUCGAAAUGAUGGUGGUCGAGCACGAACUGCAUUUGCUCUUUAUGGUCUACCAUUUCGUACUCCACAAUAUCCUCGACCGGCAACAAUUUCUUCAAGUUCAAGUCUUGUUGCCAAAGCUUUUGUUCAUUAA